AUGGGAUUGUUCUCCGUGGCUCGUAUCACCCUUUUCUCACUCGCUAUCGCUUUCUCCCUCAUUGCAUUAGGUCUCGAUGCCUACUUCGUCUCGUUGACGGUGCCACAUAAUUUCUACUUUGUCUUCAGUGCUUUGGGCGUUGCGACUGCAGUGUUGACAAUUCUUACUAUUCCAAUCAUGUUGAUCCUUGAUUUUAUACGACGUGGGGCGGUCACCUCCAUGAUUAUCUUCGAGCUCUCAUGGCUCUUCAUCCUUGCGAUUUUAUGGGUUGCCACUGCUGGCGAGGCUGUCUCCACCUUCAACUAUUACUACCCUCAGGGCUGUGAUUACCGGAGUGGUACGUGGAUUUCAGAUACCAUCUCGAAUCAUGCUCAGUCACUACCAGGUUCCGAUGUCGAAACGUAUUGCAUGGAGUUGCAGGCAGUCGAGGCUUUCGCAUUCCUCAAUUUCUUCAUAUUCUUGGGCUACACUGCCGUACUGCUGGUAUUUUCCAUCAUUGGAUCCAGUCGUGGCAAUGGUGUCUGGAUGUACUCUGUCAAAGAGGCCAAGUUCCUUUCGCAAAACUCGUCGCGCGUACAACAGCAGGUUCCUCUAAGUCAGUACUCGGGCGCUCCUCCUACGGGGUACGCUCCUGUUCAGCUAGGGACCUACAGUAAUCACAGUGGCACGCCUGGCCAAUCAGUCCAUACGCAACCCCAGCAAUUUCAGCCAUUGUAUUCUGGCCAGCCACAGGGUAUUACUGUUUAACAUGAUCAUCGACUACUUGCAGAUAAUCUGCUCUGACUCGCCUGUUUGUCGUCUUCUAUUGUGCCAAUGCAGUUAAUUAUAAUACCCAAUAACAUUUUGCGUUCCUACAACAUAACCCUCUAUGGCAUCAUGGUUAGGCCUUGCAAUCAUGCUUCUUCGUUGUUGUGCGUGAAUUGAGAAGAUCGGGAUGUCCACGGGAGAUAAGUAGUAGCCUAUUAUUCAUUUA